AUGGCAUCUCAGAUCCACCACCUCUCCCUCUCCCCUCUCACCGCCCACGCCUUCAAUGCGGACAGAUCAAAGGUAGCCGUAUCUCCCAAUAGCAACGAGGUGCACAUCUACUCGUCCUCUGCUGCCGGCUGGGUACUCGAGCACGUCCUCUCCGAGCACGACAAGCUCGUUACCGGUCUCGACUGGGCUCCCGAGUCCAACCGCAUCGUAUCCUGCUCUCAGGACCGAAAUGCCUACGUAUGGACCCUCACUGCCGAUGAGCACUCUGGCGCUCAAGUCUGGAAACCCACCUUGGUGCUGCUGAGACUCAACAGGGGGGCCACCUUUGUGCGAUGGUCCCCCAACGAGGACAAAUUUGCCGUUGCUUCGGGUGCCAGGAUCAUCUCCAUUUGCUCCUUUGAGGCAGACAAUGACUGGUGGGUGGCCAAGCAUAUCAAGAAGCCACUAAGAUCCACCAUCCUCUCCCUCGACUGGCAUCCCAACAAUGUACUCAUUGCCGCUGGAAGCGCAGACAUGAGGGCCAGAGUCUUCUCGGCCUUCAUCAAGGGCAUCGAUGCCAGACCUCCACCAUCUGUCUGGGGCGAGAGGUUGCCCUUUGGAACACUCUGUGGUGAAUGGGCAACCCCUGCCGGAGGUUGGGUUCACGGAAUCGGCUUCAGUCCCAGCGGAGACGCUUUGGCUUUCGUAGGACAUGACUCGUCUUUGUCAGUCAUCUACCCCUCCGGCCCAGAGUCGGAGCCACACGCGGUGCACACUAUCCGCUCCCCGACCCUCCCCCACGUCACACUACAGUGGAUUACCGAAGAAUCCCUUGUAGCUGCCGGUCAUGACUGCCAGCCUAUCCUCUUCACGGGCUCUCUCGACGGAGGCUGGAACCUGACCAAGAGUCUCGACUCAGCCGGUAUGGGCGGAUCCUCUGCCAGUGGCAAGGCUCCUCCUCCCCCUCCACCCAAGGCUGCUGGACUAUCUGCCGCCGGAGGACCAGGCAAGUUGAACAACGAGGCUUUCAACCGCUUCAAAUCUGCCGAUGUACGGGGAACCACUACCCCCUCUGCCCUCGGAACUCCCCCUUCGCCUUCUCGAGGUGGAGGAGCAGGAGGGGACGGCAGUAUUGCCUCUCACCUGGGAGCCGUUGCCGGUUCUUCCGUUGGCGCAGAUGGAGAAUUGCACACGACGCAUCAGAAUACCAUUUCGUCUGUCAGGGCUUACAGUGGUGAGAGGGGCGCGGUCAGAGAGGUCAGCACUAGCGCUGUUGAUGGCAGGCUCUGUGUCUUUGGUGUUGAUGGUGGUGGAAGUGGAAUCGGGGGGAUUCAGAGGGGAGUCGGAGCUAUGAGGGUCUGA